AUGGACAGGAAGCAUGCGGAAAAGCCACACAGCCACACGACGGCUGAGAGGGCGUCAUCGGGCUUGUCCCAGAACCCCAGAAUCUCCUUCCACAUCUCCGAACCCACGAGGGACCUGUCCUACAGGAAGGCACCUCAGAGCUCUGCCUCCGGGGACAGGCCAGUGCACUCGGCCACCAUCCUGCUGAGCAACUCACAGAGCAGCCAGGCUGCCCUGGUGCCCCAGGAGCACAAGAUGUUCUUGGAGGAAGCCUACAAUGCAGCCAUCUGCUUCAAGAUGCUCCGAGAACUGAACAGUUCAGAUACCCUCCGCCUGAAGCACAUCGUCUCGAAGAUCAAGGACAUGGCCCACAGGGCCCCCAAUCUGGUGCUGGAAACCAUUUAUGACUACUUUAUAGACAACCUUGAGAUCUCCAACCGGCACAGGCUCCGGCUGCUCCACGUCCUGGAGACCGUCAUCGGCGCCAUGGACUCCUUGGAGGAGACCUGGAAGGAAGCCUUCAUGAAACUGGCCCUGGAGAACAUGACCAAGUCCACGGAGCUGGAAGAGGCGUACCAGGACGCGGCCGGCAACGUGCUGGUGGCCAUCUGCAGGCACUCGUGGCAGCCAGUGGCCCAGCAGCUGGAGACCGAGGUCCUGACGGGCGUCUUCCCACACCGAAGCCUCCUCUACGUGAUGGGCGUCCUGACCUCCAACCAGCAGCUCCUCAGCCAGGGGGAGAAGGCAUGCUGGGAAGAGAAGCUGACCCAGAUAGCCGUCAAGUCGGUCCAGUUCCUGAACACAGACGUGUGGUCCAAGGAGCUGCUGUGGGCACUCACCACGCCUGACCGGACACAACAGGAGCAGCCCCCAGAGAAGGCCUUCCUGUUCGUCUACUACGGGCUGAUCCUUCAAGCCGAGGACAAUGGCAACACGGUCCGGACACACCUGCGGACUCUGCUGGAGACAUCCCACCAGUGGCCCAAGCAGAGGGAGGGCAUGGCGCUCACCACGGGGCUGGCCGCAGCCCGCCACCUGGACCACGUGUGGGCUGUCCUGGAGCAGUUCGGCCGCAGCACACCCAUCAAGUGGAGCCUGCACACCUUCUCCCCAAAGACUUCAGACGACCUGCGUUGGAAGUGGGCCAGCAGCACCAUCCUCCUCGCCUACGGCCAGAUGGCGGUCAAGGCCAAGGCCCACAUCCUCCCGUGGGUGGACAACAUCUUGUCCCGCAUGAUCUUCUAUUUCCGCUACAGCUCCUGGGACGAGACCCUGAAGCAGAGCUUCCUGGCGGCCAUCCUCAUGCUGGUGGGGGCCAUCAGCCGCAACGAGGGCGCCCACAGCUACGAGUUCUCCCAGCUCCCCGAGCUCCUCGAAUGUCUGAUGGUUUUGAUGGAGAAGGAGCCGCAGGACACGCUGUGCACCUUGACUCGCCAGCGGACCCUCUGCAUCAUCUCCAGCCUCUGCAAGCUGAGGCCACCCCUGGACUUGGAAAAGAAAUCACAGCUCCUGACAAUCUGCCUGCGCAGCGUGCUGGCCUUGCCGCUGCUGGAUGUCCUGGAGAAACACACCUGCCUUUUUCUGGAGCCGCCCAACACCCUCUACAACAAGACCUCAGAGGCAUUGGACCACAUGCUGCAGAGCCUCCUCACACAGGACCCCACGACGGACGAGCUCCGCCUCCUGCUGUCGCACCUGUACGUCUGGCUGGUGUCCGAGAAGGCCCACGAGCGGCAGCGGGCUGUGCGCAGCUGCGCCGCCCUCCUCAGAUUCCUGAACGACAACCUGUACCUGCACCCAAACAACGACCUCAGAUGGAUGGGGCAGCUGAUGGGCAUGCUGGGGAUUCUGUGCCAGGACCCGGACGUGGCCACCCAGCGCUCUAGCCUGGAAGGGUUGGGCCAUCUUUACUGCCUCCUGCUGCGCCAGAGAGCAGAGGCUUCGAAGGUGAAGACUCUGGCCCCAGAGCAGCUUUCCCAGGCCAGCGAGGAUGAAGCCCCACGCUGGAGCAGCGGAGACCAGAAGGCCACUCCCCCCGCCUCCCAGGAGGUGGUGUUCCAGAAGGACCAAAUCUUCCAGCUUGGCAGCUCCCAAGUCAUCAAGGAGAUCAUGAAGCAUCUCACACUGGAAGAGCUGACAGACCUCGUCUGGACGACCGUCAACAGCCUGGGCUCCACCGGCCCCUGCCACGGGCAGGCAGCUGCCGACCUGCUGCUCACUAUCAUCCAGGAGCACGGGGCCAAGCUGGAGACUGUCGUCGACCUGGGCCGUGCCAUCCACCUGCAGCUGUGCUCCCUUCCCAGCCCCAGAGCCAAGGAAAAUGCCCUGCGUGCCAUCACCGUGCUGGCCCGGCACCACACCCCCCAGCUGGUGGCCGCCUUCCUGGACUUCUCCAUACCCCUGGACAGCCAUGCCUCCCAGCUGUGGAGGGCCCUGGGGGCCGAGCAGCCUGUGAGCCGCCUGGUGCUGGCGAUGCUCUUGGCCUGGCUGCAGGAGCGGCCUCUGCCCAUCGGCGCUAGCGACAGCAGCCCCCAGCCCAAGGAGAAGACCUACCUGCGUUCACUGGCCGCCAUGAACACGCUGCACGAGCUGCAGUUCGCCCGAGAGUUCAAGGAGGCCGUGCAGGAGGCCUACCCCCAGCUGCUGCUGGCCCUCCUCACCCAGAUCCUCUACGUCCUGGAGCUGAACCUGCCCGCGGGUCCCCGGGUGGGCCAGGAGGCCCAGGGGGCGGCCGCGCCCAGCCCCCAGAGCACGUCCCUGGAGGCACUGAAGAGCCUGCUGUCCACCACGGGGCACUGGCAGGACUUUGCUCACCUGGAGCUGCGGGGCUCCUGGGACCUCUUCACCACCAUCCACACCUACCCGCAGGGCGUGGGCCUCCUCGCCAGGGCCAUGGUGCAUAACCGCUGUCGGCAGAUCGAGGCAGUGACCCGCCAGCUGCUGCCCGCCCUGCAGAGCCAGGAGGUGCGAGCGAGGAAGGUGGCCAUGCUCAUCCUCAACGAGUUCCUCUACAGCCCCGACCUCCUGGGCGUGCUCCCAGAGCAGGCCGCCCUGACCGUGCUGGCGCGGAGCCUGAGGGACCGCAGCCCCGAGGUCCGAGUGCUGGGCCUACAGGGCCUGGGGAACAUCCUCUUCCACCCGGAGAAGGGAAGCCUGCUGUGCCGACAACUGCCCCCUUUCCUGGACGGCUUCUUCCGGAGCAGCGAGCCGGUGGUGGUGCGCCUCAUGGGCACCGUGUCGGACACGCUGCACCGCCUGGGCGUGCACGGUGUGGGCGCCCAGAGCCUCAGCAUCGCCAUCAACUCCCGCUCCUUCUUUGAGGACGAGAGAGACGGGAUCCGGGUGGCGGCCAUGGCACUAUUUGGGGACCUGGUGGCAGCGAUGGCCGGCAGGGAGCCGAGGAGCCUGAAGACGCAGGUGCAGCAGAGCAUGGUGCCGCUGCUCCUGCACCUGAAGGACCGCUGUCCGGCCGUCGUCACGCAGGCCAAGUUCGCCUACUACCGCUGCGCGGAGCUGCUCCGAUGGCGGCUGCGACACACCCUCUUCUGCUCGCUGGCGUGGGAGCGGGGCCUCAGCGCCCGCCACUUCCUCUGGGCCUGCCUGAUGUCCAGCAGCCAGGAGGAGUUCAGCAUCCACUUCGCACAGGCCCUCAGCUGCCUGCACAGCUGCCACCACCACAUCAAGACCUGGGCAGCACUCUUCAUAGGUUACACCCUCUGCUACCACACCCGGGCCGCGUCCCAGACACUAAAUGACUCGGACACAAAGCUGCUGUUGAGAACUUUCGAAGAUCUCAGAAAAGGCCCGGAGCCCGGCAUGCGGGAGUUCGCCACCAGGCAGCUGUCCUUCCUUCAGGAGGGGACCCGAAGUCUCCCUCCGCCCUGGCCCCCAUCCUCCUGCGUGCAGUCAGGGCUGGCACCUGGGGUGGCAGCAGAACCAGCCAGGGCCAAGCCAGACCUCCCCAGCAGCCUGCCCCUCCUGGAAGAGCUGGGCAGCCUCAGCUGUGUCAUCUGUAAAAUGCAGUCGGACCCUCUGGAGGCCCCUCGGAGGGCUGGCCAGGUCCAGAGGACGUCCUUCCUGGCAGGGUCCCCGACUCCCUAG